AUGUAUAGUUAUCUUAUUUCUAUUAGUUCUAUUGUGCUUAAUACUUGUAUUCCACUACUUCUGAUGGCUAUAUUUGCCAUCCAAACACUGAAAGAUCUUCAUCAAAGACGUGUUAAACCAACAAAUACUCGUGUCACUACAAUGAAUAAUCAGCAAUCUAAAGAUCGUCAAUUUACUAUUUUAGUUCUCGCUGAAGUAGCUGCCUACGUUUUGUUCGUACCAUGGUCGAGUGGUUUUGGCGUCUACCUACGAAUGACUCAAUCUAUGUACAAAAGUGCUUCGCAGCAAGCAUUGGAGCAAUUCAUAGUAUCAAUAUUUAGUAUACCUAACUAUUUAACACCAGCUAUCAGUUUCUAUCAAAAUUGCAUUGUGUCGAAAGCGUUACAUCAAAGAACAAAAGCACUAUUCUUUGGUCAAUGUCAGCGACAUCCUACCGGCGGUAGCAGUCGAGAUGUGAAUGUUAAAAUACCUGGCAAUCAGCCGAAUCAGCCGUAA